AUGGCGCGUGAUCCAGAAGACGACUUCGUCUUCACUCUAUCUGACGAGGAGGCUCCCAAUGUCGAUUCGGACGGCGAAACUACUGGAAAUAGCAAGUCAUUGAAGGCAAAGAUUGCUGGCACAAAGCGAAGAAGAGAUGACCCCGACAAUGCCCAAGCUGAACAAAGCGCAAAUACGAAGAAACGAAAGAAGCAGAAGAAAGGUGGAAAGAAUGCUGCCAAUGGCAACAAAACAGACAAGUCUGUCGCUGAAGAUGCAGAAGGAGAAGAUGAAGAAUUUGAUGAGGAUGAAAAUGGUGUUUUGAAUCCGGAUUUUGAGUUCGAUGUUGGUGGUGUUGCGAAUGGCGGAUUAGUGGAAGAUUUCGAUGGAUGGGGAGACGAAGGGAGGAAUAAAUCUAAAGCCAUUGAGAAGAAAGGUGUCGAUAUUGAUGAUAUCCUAGAUCGAAGGAGACAGAAGAAGCUGGACAAAGAAGAGCGUGACAGGAAGAAGACUGCAAAGAAAGCUGCGGAAGAAGAUAUGGAGGAUGAUGAAGGGGGAGCGGAGGAGGAUGACGAUAUGCAUGUGGACCUCGACAACGAUGAGCUUCUUGCCCCUGAUGCGUUUGGAAUGGGAGCUCAGGAUGCAUCAGAGAGUGAGGAAGAAGAGGAGGCUGGGUCUGACGAAGAUGGUGAAGAUGAUGAUACGAACGCAGGAGAUGGUAAUGAUGACGAUGAUAGCGACUCAGUUGCUUCGGCGGUACCACAUCCAGAUGACCUUGCAUCUGAUGAAGAUGAAUCCGGUAGCGAUAGCGAAGACGACGAGGAAAUCCGCAAGCAGAAUGAAUUCUUCGCCCCAGAUGAACAAGCAGUUGAAUCGAAAUCUAAUUCUGGAGCUCCUGCUUCAUUCCAGAACCUCUCUCUGUCUCGUCCUAUUCUUCGAGGGCUUGCAUCUGUAGGAUUCUCUACUCCUACCCCCAUCCAGCGAAAGACGAUACCAGUUGCCUUGCUUGGCAAGGAUGUGGUUGGUGGUGCAGUGACGGGUUCCGGUAAAACGGCUGCGUUUAUUGUCCCCAUUCUGGAGCGUUUACUCUAUAGACCGAGAAAGGUGCCAACGAGUCGAGUUGCUAUUCUGAUGCCUACGCGAGAGCUGGCAGUACAGUGUUAUAAUGUUGCGACCAAGUUGGCCACCUUUACCGACAUCACUUUCUGUCAGCUUGUGGGUGGUUUCAGCCUGCGAGAACAGGAGAAUAUCCUGAAGAAGCGGCCCGAUGUUAUUAUUGCUACACCCGGUCGAUUUAUUGACCACAUGAGGAAUUCUGCAAGUUUCACUGUUGAUACCUUGGAAAUAUUGAUUCUUGAUGAAGCUGAUCGCAUGCUUGAAGACGGAUUUGCUGAAGAGUUGAAUGAGAUUUUGACUACGAUACCAAAGUCCAGACAGACUAUGUUGUUCUCCGCAACCAUGACUAGCUCCGUUGAUAAGCUUAUCCGAGUGGGCCUCAACAAGCCCAUUCGGUUGAUGGUUGAUUCGAAGAAACAGACCGUGGGAACGCUGGUUCAGGAGUUUGUUAGACUGCGACCUGGAAGAGAAGAUAAGCGGUUGGCCUAUCUCAUGUUUUUAUGCAAAACUGUUUAUACAAGCAGGGUUAUCGUGUUCUUCCGGCAAAAGAAGGAAGCUCAUAGGGUCCGGAUUGUUUUUGGGCUCAUGGGCUUGAAGGCUGCCGAACUUCACGGAAGCAUGAGUCAAGAGCAAAGAAUUAAGAGUGUGGAGGACUUUAGAGACGGGAAGGUGUCAUACCUACUAGCCACAGACCUUGCUUCUCGUGGUCUAGAUAUCAAGGGCGUCGAGACAGUAAUUAACUAUGAGGCCCCACAGUCGCAUGAAAUCUAUCUCCACAGAGUCGGACGUACUGCCCGUGCAGGGCGAAGCGGUCGUGCAUGCACCAUUGCCGCAGAGCCUGACCGGAAGGUUGUUAAGGAGGCCGUCAAAGCAGGACGUGCGCAGGGCGCGAAAAUCGUUAGCCGUGUGAUUGACCCAGCCAUGGCUGACAAAUGGGCUGAGCAGGUCAACGAUCUGGCUACAGAAGUUGAGGAAGUUCUGCAAGAAGAAAAGGAAGAGAAACAGCUAGCGCAGGCGGAGAUGCAGGUCACUCGCGGGAAGAAUUUAAUCGGCCACCAAGACGAGAUCAUGUCUAGACCCAAACGCACGUGGUUUGAGUCGGAGAAGGACAAGCGGGAGUCCAAGAAACGAGGGUUGAUAGAGCUCAACGGUCCAGACUCGGGGAAGAAGGGGAAGAAGAAGCUCAGUGGUAAGGACAAGAAGAAACUAGACGAUACACGAAUGCGAGAGGAGGGCCGUGUCUGGAAGAAGGGCAAGGCCGAGCGGGAGGCUAAACCAGGCCGCCAGGGUAAAGGAAAGAAGAGCGUCAAGGGAGGGAAAAAGCGCUAG